AUGGGGGAAGAGCAGGAAAGGCCGCCAUUUCCCAGGGAUGCGGAGCCCGCCAAGCUGCGGCUUCGGAGGGAGCUGGGACUGGCCAGCUCCGUGUCGCUGAUCGCAGGCUGCAUGAUCGGCGCCGGGAUCUUCAUGAAUCCUCAGCGUGUGCUCUACCACAUGGGCAGCCCCGGGGGAGCCUGCGGUCUCCUGGCCACCCUGGGAGCGCUGAGCUAUGCGGAGCUGGGCACACUGAUCACGGAGUCCGGAGGAGACUACAUCUAUAUCCUCAGGACCUUCGGGUCCCUCCCCGCCUUCCUGGUGACUUACGUAUCCACCCUGCUGGUCAGACCGGCUGCGAUUGCCGCCAUGUCAUUGACCUUCGCAGAGUAUGCGAUGGCUCCUUUCUACCCCGGCUGCCCCUUGAUGCCGGUGGUGCUGGUGAAGUUUGCGGCCGCCGCCUGCAUCCUCAUCGUCGCUUUGGUCAACUGCCGGAGCGUGAGGCUGGCCACUGGGCUCAUGAACCUGUGCACCGUAGCCAAGGUCUUGGCGCUGCUGGUCAUCAUCGGCGGAGGGCUCUGGGUCCUGGUCCGGGGUCGUGCGUGGGACGCCCUCCGGAACGCCUUCGCGGGCACCACCCAGCAGCCGGGAAGCAUCAGCGUCGCCUUCUACCAGGGCCUCUGGUCUUUCAGUGGGUGGAACAGUUUGAAUCUGGUGACCGAAGAGCUCAGAAAGGCAGACAAGAACCUGGUGAGGGCUGUAGUGAUCUCCAUCCCCCUGGUCACUGUCCUCUACAUACUCGUGAACCUGAGCUACAUGGUGGUCAUGAGUCCCAGUGACAUCCGGGGCUCCAGCGCUCUGGCAGUCACCUGGGGGAAUCAAAUGCUGGGAGGUUGGGCCUGGCUGGUGCCCCUGUCAGUGGCUCUCUCAACAUUCGGGUCAGUAAACGGAGCGUUUUUCAGCGGGAGCCGAGUGUGCUACGUUGCGGCCAGGGAGGGGCAUAUGCCAGGUAUCCUGUCCAUGGCCCACGUCCAGUAUCUCACCCCUUCUCCAGCUCUGACGUUCACGUCGGCAGUGGCUCUGAUCAUGAUCAUCCCUGGAAACUUCAGCAGCAUUGUCAACUUUUGCAGCUUUAUAUUGUGGAUGAUUCAUGGAUCUACCAUCAGCUGCCUCCUUUAUCUGAAAGUUAAGAAGGAAGACUUGCCAAGAUCAUACAAGGUCCCCAUCAUCAUCCCAAUCAUUGUGCUGCUGGCCUCCAUCUACCUGGUCCUGGCGCCCAUCAUUGACCAACCACAGAUGGAAUUCCUUUACGUCUUCCUGUUCAUGCUCAGUGGCAUCGUGGUGUAUUUCCCCAUCAUUUACUUCAGAUCCCAGCCCCGACUCUUGCAGGAGGCCACAGCACAACUUCAGCUUUUCCUAGAAGUGGCUCCAACCGUGAAGAAUGUGGACUGAUGGUCACUGGGUCACUCUUCCUAUCUUGCCAUGUCUCUUGACUUAAUAUUUCUAUUUUUUAUCGUGAACUUAGUGAACACAGAAAGUUCAAUAUACAAAGAAUAGAAAAGAAGGCUGUACAUGAAAUGGUGAACUUUGGUUACGUAUCAUUUGGUUGGGGUUUGUGUGUAUGUGUAUGUACAUAUUAAAUGUUGUCAACAAAACUUCCCUGCUCA